CCGAACCCAGCCCCUAACAUGGAAGAAGCCAGAAGCCAAAGCAUAGAGGAAGACUUUGAAGGACAGGCCACACACACAGGACCCAAAGGAGUAAUAAAUGAUUGGAGAAAGUUUAAAUUAGAAAGUGAAGAUGGUGACUCAAUUCCACCCAGUAAGAAGGAGAUCCUCAGACAAAUGUCUUCCCCUCAGAGCAGAGACGACAAAGACUCAAAAGACAGAGUCAGCAGAAAGAUGAGCAUUCAAGAAUAUGAACUAAUUCAUCAAGACAAAGAAGAUGAAAAUUGCCUUCGUAAAUACCGUAGACAGUGCAUGCAGGAUAUGCAUCAGAAGUUGAGUUUUGGGCCUAGAUACGGGUUUGUGUAUGAGCUGGAAACAGGGGAGCAAUUCCUGGAGACCAUUGAAAAGGAGCAGAAGGUCACCACAAUCGUGGUGAACAUUUAUGAAGAUGGUGUCAAGGGCUGUGACGCGCUCAACAGCAGUUUAGCAUGCCUUGCAGUGGAGUACCCAAUGGUCAAGUUCUGUAAGAUAAAAGCUUCUAAUACUGGUGCUGGGGACCGCUUUUCCUCAGAUGUACUCCCUACCCUGCUUGUAUACAAAGGUGGGGAACUCAUAAGCAAUUUUAUUAGUGUUGCUGAGCAGUUUGCUGAAGAAUUUUUUGCUGGAGAUGUGGAGUCUUUCCUAAAUGAAUAUGGAUUACUACCAGAAAGAGAGAUCCAUGACCUAGAGCAGACCAACAUGGAGGAUGAAGAUGUUGAAUAAAUAUUCAUUAUCUCAGUAUCUCAUAUAUGUCCUUUACACAGUGAACAUGGAUUUUUGGUAGUAUCUCUAUUCCUUUAGCAAACUCUAAAUAUAGCUAUGGUUAUUCAAAUGGGUGGGGGUAGGGGGAGACACUAAAAUUAUGUUAGUAGCAUGUUUUAGUAUUAGUUACUCAAGUUGACAUAAUACUUUGCUGUAGAAAUGUUGUAGACAGCGGAGGUGGAUAAUGUCAAUGUUAUGUCCCUUUCAAGUUACGUGGUAGCUUUUUUUACUCCUUACCCUUGGCAUUUUUAUUUGGGCUUUUGAAACUGAAUAGUACUUAUGAACUGUCUUGUAUUGUAAGAAUAAAAUCCUAUGAUGAAACAAA